AUGGAGGCCGAGGAGUUAUUCGAGUAUUGGGUAUCGCUGCCGACCGUCUGCGCUCCGUCGUCGUGCUCGUCGCCGGAUGGCGACAGCGCUUUUGGUGAUGCCUCGUCCACUGAAUCGGCCAGAUGCCGAAAUUCGGCGUUCUCCAGUAAUGACAGUUGUCGCGACUCUCUUCAUACGCCAAGUCCUACACAGUAUAUCGAUGAGUACCUUGUCAAGAGCUUCGAAAGUGAACAAUUUCAAUGGGAUGCGCCAUGCACUCGAAUUCAGUCCGGAAUGGUGAAUCCAUUUGAAUGCGCUCCUUCCUCGAACGGUGAUCAUUUGGAGGCGCAACUAAGAUUCAUGGAAGGAUUUUCGUCUUCCAAACUCAUCUAA